UAGCUCGUCCUAGUGGUUACAGCGUUUCCUGGUCGUUAUGGUAACGGACGUGCGCAUGCGCACCUGGUCUACGUUGCCUAACCAUUUGGGAGGCUGGCGUUGACUUGCUCUCUUGCAAAUAGAGCUAGGGCGUCCUUUAUCUAUUUUCUGCAAAUUUAAGGGACAUAUGGUAGGGUGGGUACUAAGUGCACAGAACAAAUUCCUCCCUUCUUCGAGUGGUCUAUGACUUUUUGCUCGGGGACUCCAAAGUAAAGCAUUUACUUUGCAAACUCCAGUCGCGCAGCGGCCGAACCUCUCAGGAGUGAACCACGCGGGCCACCGUAGUCAGCUGCUGGAGCAGGAAGUGUUGGAGCGGCGGGCGGAGACUGCAGUAUGGCACCGGACCCCUGGUGAGCCCCAGCGGUUCUCCACGUACGAUUCCACCUGUCAAAUUGCCCAAGACAUUGCUGAGAAAAUUCAACAACGAAAUCAGUAUGAAAGAAGAGGCGAAAAGACACCCAAGGGUCAACAUCUUGAUUAUUAAGGGGAAGCCUGUUCUGAUUUAGAAGGAGAGCAUUCUCCAAAGGACCCACGAGGUUAUAGGUGGUGCCUUCGGAUGGUGGCCGAAUCAUGCGGGCAAUAUAGGCAAAGUGAAUUCCUACGUUUUCAGAUGGCACGUGCUUUCACAGUGGUAAGUCUUAACGCCUGAUCCUUCAAAGGCACACGGACUAACAAGUCCUUAGGGUGAGACACAAAUCACACAGCAAGUGGGACACAAACCUCAUUUCUUGAAUUUGCUAAGUGCACUUCACACCAGUUAAAUGCCUUAGAUAUCGAUAUUAGGGAACUCUGGUGAGAAUUUAAUAAUCAUUCUCAUUAUAAGCACAAAUAAAAUUUUAUAUAGUUUCUAAAAAUAAAUACUCUGUUCCUAUAUAUGAUGGGGAAUUCAUUUUAUGCAAAUUUAAAUAUGAUCAAAUAUUUUAAGUUUUUGUAAAUUGUACAAAUUAAAAUUUAAAAAGGCUUCAAGAGACCAUCAUGACAUACUCCUUGCAUUAUAUUUAAUUCUAUAAAAGCUAACAUGACAUUAGAAGUGAUUAAUCAUGUAUAACUUUGAACAAGCUUUUUUUGUUUAAACAAACAAAUAGGGAUAAAGUCGUCUGACUCUGGCUUUUGUGAGUGAGAAGUGAGAGAGUCCAAUAAGGUGCUUGGCCCAGUGCUUGUCACGUAAUAUUGCUAAAAGUUAGUCACUAUUAUAAUUCUGUUUCUAAGGGUUGAGUAGGUAAAAUUUCAGUUUUUUAAAUACUAUGAGUAACACUGCUCCACACCUUGGUCCCAGUGGCGUAUUUUCCGUGUUGUAGCAUUUCCUUCCAGGACUAGAAAAGCGUCACUAGGGGGAGAGGUGAGGGCCUCCUUCUGGUUCUGUAUCUCGCUGCCGCAUCGCCCUUUAGUGAGGUGGUUCCCACUGAACAGGCUGCAGCUGCGCGGUGUUUGCAGAUGCCCAAACUCCUGGACCCUAAGGUGGCCCUGAGGCCUCCCUAGGUGACUGGGCGUGAGCAGUGACAGUGUGCAGGCCCAGAGGGGACAGCCAGGUGGGGCCAGGUGGGGCCAGCCCGGGCCUUUCCAAAACAGGACUUCAUUAAAGUCCCCUUCUCCAGGAGGCCUUCCCUGGCCAUGGUUUCUGAAGGUCCAGCCUCACCUCGGACACUGCUUUCCUCUUCCUGGUCUGUUUGCUUCUUCUCCUCAGGCCUGGUCUAACAAGGUUGAUCUGUCUGCAUAUUGUCUGCCUUCUCCACUAAAGGACAAACACUCAAGGACAAAGAUUUUAUCCAGCACUGAACAGUGCCAGUCACACACCAGCACUCGCUGGAGGCUACACUUUCUAACGGUUGAAUAAAUGAAAGGGUUGUAAACAUUGUAAAUGGGGGCAGCGUCUUAAAAAGCAUCCACCAGCUAUGAUCUUUGAGGAACUCCCUCUUUGUGGGACGCCCCACGACCUGCUGCAAGGUAGCCCUUGUUUCUAUGAGGCCCACUCCAUUGCUGGUGACAAAAUACUCAUAACUAAGUGCAGUAAAACCAUUCACUUUAUCACGUGCAGAGAUUAUGUGGUCAAAGUCAGAUUAGGACAGUGGUAGGGAUGCUUAUGCAGACUGAAAGGCUGGGGUCACUCACAUGGCAGGUGACCAGAGACAUGCAGAGGCUUUUAUCCGAUCUCUUCCCCCAGUACCAUCCUCAUACUGAGCUACAUUCCUGGCAUUUUUAUUUUAAGGAAGCAUGUGACUAAGUUACGCAGGCUAGCCUUGAACUUAACAUUCUGCUGUUGCAGCCUCUCAGAGUGUUGGGAAUUCAUGUGUGCGCUACUAAAGCCGGCUCAUAUUGUUAUUAUUAUCUGUGUUCUCAAGACUAUUCUUACCUGUUUUAUUCCCCUAAGGCAUAAAUGCUGUAAAUUGCGCUACUGGUCAUCGCUUCCCAUUUCUUAUUUGGUCACUCCACACUGCUAGUGUAGAAAGAUCAUGGCGGGGGCUGGAGAUUUAGCUCAGCGGCAUAAGCACCUGCCUUGGAAGCAGGCAGUCGUGAGUUCGAUCCCUGGUACCGAUAAAAAUGAGAAAAAAAAAAAAAGACAAAAAAAAAAAAGAAAGACCAUGGUAAGAGGGUGUGUGUGUUUGCUUGUGGGGCUGGGGAUGGACCCUGGGCUCACACAUGUCAGGCAAGUGCUGUACUGCUGAGCUUAAUCCCAGGCCUGGUAGAAGUUUUAGACCAUAAAAAUCACAUGCUGCACACCAGCCCUUGAUGUGCAGUUUCACUGAUUGAAUACAAUCUAAAGAAAAUGAAAAAUAAGGCUUAAAAGGAGCUCAAUGUAAACGUACACCAUUUCGACACCUGUCAUGUUGUGAGCUGCACACAGAAGAGAUGUUCUUCUCCUACCCAAAUCCAUCGUUAUUACAGUCAGCAAAGAGGUCACCCGUAUCAUGGAGGAGCCAGUAACACACUCCCACAGUUUUCAGUUGUUUGCACUUUUCUGUUACUGUUUAACCUAGAGGAAAGUGUCAUCCGGCGCUGCUGUUGGAACUACAUCAGUUUGUCGAUUGCGAACACAGGCCAACUAUGAUUCAAAAAUGUAAAAAGCCUUCUGAGAAUUCUUUAGAAAAAGCACUAUGUUAUUCUUCAUAAGUUUUGUGUUCCAUGCCUUUGACAACAGCACAAUGUGUAAGUCACAUGUGUGUACAUGUAAUACAUAUACAUACAUGCACAUAUAUGUUGGUUAUUAAACAUUUACUAACACUGUUAUUAAAUCUCACAGUCUAUGGGUCUGUGCUUUCAAUCCAGAUGUGUCAUUACCAUUAAAGCUCGCAAGCUCACUGCCCUUGUGUGACCUUUUGGGGGGUUCACCACCCAUCAUGCUGAGCGACUCUCCUGUGGGGGGGCGCUGUUCCUCCUGCGAGGUCCACUCACCUUGGGACAGUGGAGGGUUGCUGUGGGCCUGUUCUCUCCCCUCAGUGCAGUUCAUACUGAGUAAAUAAGCUCUUUCAAAAACAAAAACACUACAUCCUGAAUGGCUAUAGCUUCCUCACUUCUAAAAAAUGCAGACUACCCACUUGGGACAGAUAGUCCUGGGCUGAUCGGGAUAGGAGGACAGGAAGUGAUUCCAAGGGGCCAAAAGGAAAGUUUGAAAUGCUCUAUGUACAUGCUCAUGAUCACCACUGGCGGGAUUACAAAGACUGUCUGCCAUGUCGUCACCACGUGCUGUCCUGCCCACUCUUAUGUUUUCCAGACAGUAAGAAUAAUCAGAAAGUAAAUGACCACCCCAACAACCUGUCCUUGUUUACAUGCUGUUAUAGAGUAGCCACGGAGCAGGAGAAGACCGAUAUACAAUCUUCGGCAUGACCCUGGUCAUCACUACGGUGAUGAUGAGCUCAGGGGGGUUCCAGCUUGGUCAUUCCAGUUACCUAAUAUUUGGGGGAAAUACAGUAUGUGACUGUACUCAGCACUACACUUUGGUACUGAAUUCAUUAGCUAAAAUUGAAUCAUUAAUCACGUGUGUGCACCUCAAAGCUACAACCUAUUACGGAGUCACUACCGCCACCCCCAGAUGUUACAUGUGGAAACAAACGUUUUUAUUUCUGAGGGAAAACUAUUGUGCAAAUUUCUAGAAAGUCUCUACUACCUAAUAAAAUAGAAAUGGUGAUAUGAAAGAAAAGCAUCCCAAAUUUUCAUGGCUCUCUAGGUUCAAAUCCCCAGCACUAUAGUUCAGAAAAAAGGCCUCCUCGAGGUGGAAAAGACCUCCCAGCACCGUGAGAAGCAUCAACACACACACGUUGCUUUCAAAGUGAGGAAGUCAGCAAUGGCUGAGAGGGCCAGCGUCUUCCCAGAUGUGCUGUUUCCACAGAGCAUGCUGAAGGAGGCAGACGGUGGAUGGCUGUAACUCCAGCACUCGGGGCAACUGAGGCAAGGAGCUCACAAGACACAGUCCACCCUGACCCCUUUUGUGACUUAGGGAGACCCUUAGUGUUGAUCUAAAAGAAACAGCCUGAGAAUAUACCAGUAUUUCAUUGUGCAGAUGCAAGAUCACAACACCAAACAUGCAAAAUACAAAAACUACUAGGCAGAUGAUAGAUAAAUAGAUUCACAGAUACUCACAUAGAAAUAAUACCAUAACUAGCCACUGUUUUACUAGGUAUGAAGACAAAGUUGGGCUAUAGCUUUCUUAUCAGUUACUAGACCCCAAGUGAUUGGACCUCACUUCCUGGCCACAUGCCCAAACAGAACUUGGAACCCUCGGAGCAAACAUCACAAUCCAGCACCGCCUGCCUCCCCAGCUCAUUUGCCUGGAGGCACUCGGUGAUGAACGUCCUGAGCUGCUUCUCUACAUGCCGAGGGCGCAACCCCAGGACCCCAGGCAGAAAAACUAUAUCCGAAAGACUAAGCAGAUGCUUCGCACCAUCCAGAUGCAACAGCCCACCAUGCGAACAACAGCCAACCGUCACAGCCAGCCCAGUCACAGUCCAACCAAGACCAUCCACCUGGGACCUACCAACAUCAAGGUACCUACCCAAAUACCCGCUGAGGUCAGGUACCAAUGAAACUCAAACUCAAAAGAUCUGUGGGCAAGGCCACCAGGCCCCGAGAUCCCCAGCAGCUCUGGGCAGGUGUCCUCAGAGCCGGCAGCACUGAGGUUAGACAGACAUACGUGUCCAGGGCUCCAGACCAAAGUCACAGUGUCCAGCCCCCGAGAGACACUAAGUAGCCUACAAUAUGCCCAGCUGGGCCACACCAAUACCGGCAAUUACUUGGCAAGGAGCGGGGUCAAACCACACCCUCUCUGGUCAGUACAGGCAGACAGGCCACCCUCGCCCAUCAAGCCCUUCGUGCCAAUUCUCCUGCCUGGCCGAUCCUUCUCUGGCCCUUUCUUCACAAGUACCUCCAUGGCCCAGCCUCCUCCGGAAAGGGCCACAUUACAGGAACGGAUAAAAUGCCAUCCAGUCUUUCUCUUCUAAGAGCAAUGCAAUUCCAGAGACCCGCUCAUUUGGGAAUAAAUAUCUUCUCACCACAGAAUGUGUGGAUGAAAAAGAGACCCUCGCCCUACAUUAACUCUGCAGGGUUUAGAACAUGGAUAUAUGGUUUCUGAGAUUAAUACAGAUUCUGAGCUGGUACUUGAUACAUCAACCUGUGCAGCGAAAUAUCCGAAGUUGCCUGGCAUAUCAGAACAUGUGGAAGUGCCUUGCUUACCGCAAGAUGCUCAGGGGCUUUGCCUCCCAGAACACCCUGAGGUCCCGUGCACACCCGAAUACCUUAAAGUGCCGUUUAUUCCAGAAGCUCCUAGAGCACCUGAUAUAACAGACCAUCCUAAAGUGCUCUGCACAUCUGAAUAUGCCACAGUGCCCUGUGGGCCACAACCUGCCAAGGGGCUUGGUAUAACAGAACACCCUAGGCUGCCUUACGUACCAGAACCAUCCAAGGUGCCUUACAUACCCGAAACUCCGAAAGCGCCUUAUGUAUCAGAGCCUUGUAGUGUGCCUUGGGUACCACAAGGCAUACUGUGGCAUACUGUACCACAACAUACUGACCUUAUUCAUGUAACAGAAUGUCCUCAAGGACCAUGCAGAACAGAACAUCCCAAGGUGCCUUCCAUGCCACAACCCUCUCAGGGGCCUUAUUUCCCAGAAUCUCCUGUAGGGCACUGCAUACAAGAACCUCCUAAGGAGCCCUGGGUACCAAACCAUACUGAAGAGCUACCCGUAAGGGAAUCUCUUAAGGUACCUUCCAGAGCACCACUUCCUCGGGUGCUUUGUGGACCAGAAUCAUCUAAAGGGCCUCAUGUACCAGGGCCUCCUAGGCUGCCUGAGGAUCCAGAACAUGCUAACAUACCAGGCAUUCCAAAACAUCCUGAGGUGUCUUGUAUAGCGGAACGUUCAAAUUUGCCUUGUGCAGCAGGUACACCAAGGGUCGCUUGCCCACCAGAAUAUGCUAAAGUGCCGAGGGGAGCACGGCCUAGUAAUGUGACCUGUGUAACAACGCACACUACAGCGAUUUCUGUGACGGAGCCCCCUACACUACCUGGGGUGUCAGGAACUACCAAGGUACUUUCUGUAAUGGAACUUACCAAAGUAAUUUUCAUAUCAGAAGUUCCACAGGACACUAGUGUACCAGAAUCACCUAAAGUGCCUGACGUUCCCGAACCGUCUAAAGUGCCUUCUACACCAGGCGAUCCGAAAGUGCUUUGUACAUCUGAACAUGCUAAAGUCACCUGGGGGCCAGAACCUCCCAAGGUGCUUUGUAUAACAGACCAUCCUAAGGUGCCUGGCACACCAGAGCCUCCCAAGGUGACUUGUGCAACAGAACAUACUAAAACACUUGUGGGAACAGAAAGUCUAAAGCACCUGGCACACCACAGCAUGCCAAGCUGCCUUAUGUACCAGAAACGCUCAAGGUGCCAUGCAUUUAUGAACAACCUCAGGUGCCUGGCAUACAAGAAACUCGUGAGGCACCUUAUAUAUCAGAACCUCGCAGUGUGCCUUGGGUACCAGAAGCUCCUGAGGUGCCGUGUGUACCACAACAUACUGCAGUCCAUCUUGCAACAGGAGCUUCUGAACUACCUUACCUUAAAGAACUUCCUCAAGGACUGUGUACACCAGAAACACCUAAAGGGCCUGGCAUACCGGAACGUACUAAGGUACCUGACAUAACAGAAUAUCAUAAGCCACCUUAUGUAUCAGGCCCUCAUAAGUGGCCUUGCAUGAGCGAAUAUUCUAAGGCGUCUUGCAUAGAAGAACCCAGCAAGAUUUCUGGUGUAGCAGAACAUACCAUAGUCCUUUCUGUAACUGAAACUCCCAAACUACCUUGCUACCUUCGUUGGCUGCUUUGGAUCCGAAAACCUCCUAAAGUGCCCUGGCUGCCAAUAUGUCAAGUGCCUUGUGCACCACACACUCCUCGGGUAUCCUACGUGUCAGAACAUCCUAACAUACCUUCUCCAGAGGAUAAAUCUACCUACCCCAGCGCUGGUCUCCGCCAGAGAAAGGUUCAUGGUGCUAACGGCCACUCGUUUUCAUCUCAGUGAUUCAGAGAGCACGCUAAUUGUGCCGUCUGCUCAGACCUGACGGGGCCGUUUGGUUGCAAGCUAUACAAAUCUAUGAACUACAAACUCGUGGUGCAGAAGUGCCACACACUUGUUCAAUGCAGGUGCAUUCUUUGCAUGAUGAACGCAUGAUGCAAACAAAACAAUUUUCCAUGGCUGUAGUCCCACUCAGAUAGUAGUCUCAUCAAAUCCUGAAAGCCAUGAGGGUAUGCACGAAAUGCAUGAAGAGGGUGAGGCAAAUAACAGCAAGGACAAUGGCAGGGCUUUGUACUCUUUCGGGCUUCCUGACUUUCAUUUUGCUCGACAAUUAGGGAGAGGAAACCGCCCAGGCUGUAUAAAACAGAUCACAUCUAUGCCACAAACUUGGUUAAAAACAGUGCUGAAAACCUUGCUCCUCCUUGGGCAGAGAAGAACGGAUUGAACAAGACGCCGGAUCACGCCUUUCUCGUUGGAGAGCAUUCAAGUUUUGUGACCCCAAGUGGACUAUUGUUCAUGCUGGACUACUUUGUUUCUCUCGAAACUACAUUACUAUAUAUUUGGGCCCCUGAUUUUGUAGUCUUCAGGGACAUUCAAAAAACAGUAAGAAUUAUGAAUCUGCAAAUACCACAUACAUUAUAGCUGUAUGUCCUAGUCAAGCUAUUUUAUUGAGUCAGACAACACGUGAAAUACAUAGUGGAACACAUUUCAACAUCUUAAAUUAUUACACCACAAAUCUACUUUCUAAUAUUUAAGUGGACAUCGAAAGAGUUACAUGAAGAAAAGGUUUCUCAAAACAAGGCGCAAAAGCCCAAAGGAAUUCUAAUGGGGGCUCAGGAGGAAACAUUUCAAAGAAAUGCCCUGUGUGAGUAUUCUACUUUCUAAAUGCCCAACAGUAAAGAGCGGCUCUUCAAAGCAAGAUGAGAAACAUAUUUCUGACAUGUCAGAGUUCUCUGUAAGUUUACAUUGUGUCUACUGAUUUUUGUUUUUAAGCAAGUUCCAUGCAUUAACAGAAACACAUACACCUUGCAAAUGAACAUGUGAAUCCGCAUAAACAUUUUCCUUUGAUGUUUUCUUUACUUUCAAAUGUAGUUAUUUAAAGGAAAGAUAACAUGUGACUCCAAGUUUUGGGAAAGUUACCUUUCUAAUGAAAUGAGGCAUCCACAUGAUGAUAGAAGGAUGUAACUUUUCCCAGUUUGGAGUCAGCUGUUAUCUUCCCUUCAAACAACUAAAUUGGAAAGUAAUGAAAACAUCAAAAGAAAAUGUUUAUACGGAUUCGAGCUUUCAUUUGCAGGGACUGUGUGUUUCUAUUAGUGCCUGGAACUUGUUUAAAAACAAAAAUCAGUAGACACAACGUAAACUCACAGAGAACUCUGACAUGUCAGAGAUUUGUUUCUGAUCUUGUUUUAAGAGCCGCUCUUUGCCGUUGGGCAUUCAGAAGGUAGAAUACUCACACAGGGCAUUUCUUUCAAAUGUUUCCUACUGAGCCCACAUCAGAAUUCCUUUGGGCUUUAGGGCCUUAUUUUGAGAAACACUUUCUUCAUGUUACUCUUUUGUCAUCCACUUAAAUUUUAGAAAGUAGAUUUAUUGGAUAAGCAGCAAUUUAGUACCUUCUGCAUGCUUCUGAACAAAUUUUACAUGGAUGACUUUGAUAGAAAUCUUACUUGCUGUCCCCAGCAAAACCUUGUCAGUUUUGUACCCAUUAUACACAAAUGAUCAGCAUUUUAAACCUUUAUUCAGCGUGAUAUGUGGUUUUUAAAAUGUUUACGUAGUAAGAUUGACUAUGCAUGUUUUAUGCAGAUUUGCAUUACGAAUUUAUUUUUAACUGUAUUUUAUUUCUUGCAACCUUUCAAGGUUGGGCCAGUUCUUAUUAUAUAAAAGUUUUCACCAAAUAUUUACCAGGAGAAUAAGGUAGUUACAGCUUGACUAGUUGGAUUUUUGAUAUUCUGGGUCACAAUUUACUUUGCAUAAGUGUUCGGACAGAUUAUUUUUAUGCACAUGCAGCAUGAUUUAAAUUUUAAGUACCUUUCUUGGUGAAGCUACAGCUACUUUAUCAAUUUGUUUUAUUUUGAUUUUGUCCUGCAGCACGCAGCCUUGAUCAUCAUAACACAAUCUGUAUGUGUUUACCUCUUUUCUUAUGUUCAAAGUCUUUAAAUCAAACAUGUAAUAUACAUCACAACCAUACUAUAAAACUGCCAUGUUAGAUUUUGCAGCCGUAUUAUAAAACUGCCAUGGGGAUUUGCAUUUUCACUAGUCUCAAUCUACAGUAAACCUCAAGUGAAAUCUGCCACCUCCACCCCAGGACUCAUGGUGACUUACGACUGCUCUCUGCCUCAAUCCUCACUCACUGAAGGUCUGCCGCAUCGGUCUGCCCUGUCACGAACCACGUGUAUGGGUGCAGUAACAGCUGCACAUGGUUGUAUAUAACAGCAAUCUUAAACUUUCAAUGCCUUGUGUGUUGUAAUGGACACACAAUCUAUUGUCGUCAAAUAAACAUUUUCUGCAUUUUGGUGCCUGCAA